CCUGUUUCCCUUUCCACACUCGGAAGGAAACUCGUCUUUGUCUUCUAUGCAGAAAGUUAUGAGGCUUCGCAUAUUUAUUGUGUUUUAUUAACAAUUUCUUUAAAAUGCAGAAACCUUCGAAAAAGUAUUUUGUAAACAUGGACGAGUAUCUAGCCAGCAUCGGUCUCUAUCGGAAAAUGAUGGCUCGAGACGCGUCUUGUCUAUUUCGAGCUGUCUCUGAACAGCUUUAUUACUCUCAGAAUUACCAACAAAAGAUAAGGAAAGACUGUGUCACCUUCAUGCGAGCAAACCGAUGCCACUUCGAACCUUUUGUUGAGGGGUCAUUUGAGAAGUAUCUGGAACGUCUGGAGGACCCCAAGGAAACCGCCGGCCACGUUGAGAUUAAGGCGUUGUCGUCACUGUACAGGAGGUGCUUUCACAUAUAUAGGUACCCCGGGAAGCCACCAACUGUUAUAACUGACCAAGAGUAUGGCGCAAAGAUUUUGCUGUGUUGCUCUAACAAUGGCCACUAUGAUAUAGUCUACCCCAGGAACUACCCGAUGGCGGCUGCUCUGUGUCAGGCCGUGUUGUACGAGGUGUUGUACACACGAGUCCUUGGGGUUGAGGAGGAGGAGCUGCAGGGAGCCCUGGAUGGGUUCCGUGGCGGAGGUCGUAGCUACAGGAACAGCCUGUCUGUGUGCAGCGAGGACGCCGGCUAUGAUGUCCCCGAGGACCGGGGCCAAACUCAGAGGGAUGACUGGGAGCUGAAUGGGCAGAAUCGCCCGGAUGACAGAGCCAGACCUGGAGCAGAGGAAGUUAAGACUCCAGAUGGACCAACAAAACUCUCUCUCCCGUACAAGGUGCUCAAAGCCCUGGAUUUUGAGAUGUACAGAAAUGUAGAGUUUGAUGUUUGGCAUGACAGCCGAAAAGAAAUGCAGAAAACCAAAUAUAUGGUGUUUGCUGGAAGACAGUACUUUUUGGGUGACAAGUGUCAGGUUCGACUUGACCCAAAAGGGAAGUAUUACAAUGCCUUCAUUCAGGAGGUGGGCACUCACCCCAGUGACGUGACCGUGUUCAUCGAAGAGCUUGGAGAAAAGCAUCUUGUUUCUCUAACUAACUUCAAGCCUGUUAACCCUGUCCCCGCCUGGAACAUCACCCCAAGCCGCAAGGGUCCGUCAUACAGCCGACCUGAGCAGUAUCCAGGAGAAAUGGACUCGGAGAUGAGGGGACGGCGGCGUUUCUUUAAGAAGCCCAGAGGGAAGGAGAUGCUGAUGGUGUCUUACAGUCGCCCCCAGCCUGGCCUGCCUCCCCGCUUCCAGCCGGGCUCCAGCAGCAUCCCAGUGGGCCGCUCCCCUGGUGUGCAUGGCCCCGCCCCACCUCCUGGGACCCUUCCCUACGACCACUAUCACCCACACCCUCCGCCCAGGCCUCUGAGGGGGUACGGCCCACCCAGGCAUCACCUCAUUGGGCCAGAAGUGACAUACUACACACACCCAGGCAAACGCUGCUACCAGAGCUUGAACAACUACUCAUUCAGGUCACGCUCCUGCAGCCGAAGCAGGCGACCGAUGCAUCCCAUCAACGAGUGCCAGUUCAGCUACGUCCCCGAAGCCGGGGAGGAGGCACAGGACAUGGAAGGAACGAUUCCCUUCUACGAGAUCGAGGAGAGCGACGAGACCGCUUUCCCUUCCCUGCCGGGACAGGCCAUGGGGAACCGCAUGGUUCCAUCCGCCACUACCUACUGGGUGCCGGGAGGCCCGAGCCCCAUACCCACGUCCGGCAAGCAGGCCAUGACCUCAUCCGAGGAGGAUGCCGACGAGAGGAGCAACGGUGGCGACCAGGGUGACUAUUCGGAGGAGUACGUGUAUACUGCUCAAGGUGAGUGUGUUGACUUCGCCUGCUCUGAUGUCUAUGAAGAUGUCUAUGAAGUCCAUGGAGAGCCCAUAGGACGAACUGAACCAGGGUUCCAGAGUCCAUCUGUCUAUGCUGCGGCUGAGUCCACUGCCAACCUGACCAUUCAGGAGGGUGGAUCUCGUGCCGGCUCACCACAAGAGGGCGUAGCUACCUACAGCUAUUCACACUCCCAGCAGGUGGUGGUCAAGUCAUCCGUUAUCCCCUCCUCACAGCCUGUCAACACGGCUCCUGCAGCCAUCUUCACUUCCAACUCCUCGUCCUCCUCCAGCAGCUCUCAGACCCCGCCCACACCCAUGACUCCAUCCUCAAACCAUCCUCAGGGGGCCCCCGGGCCUCUGCACGCUAUGAGCAGACCAGUUUUAUCCAUGCACUUUCCCCCAUCCACUCCCUGGUUCGUCAAUGAGAUGGGGGAAACCGUCAGCGUUGCACCUCCUCCACCUUACUCCUAUGACCCCAACGGCAGUGACUUGCCACGAGAUUGCAAGGUCCUACAGUAUUACUUUAAUUUAGGAGUCCAAUGGUACCAGCAGAGCUACUGGCACUCACUGGUUCAGAUGCAGCCACUGUAUCAGCAGCCAGGCACUGAGCAGCAGCAGUUCCAGGCCUACCCGCUGGCAUCCGUUCCCUCGGACCACACCGUCCCCCAACCCUUCCCGGAGCCGGGGAGAACCGGGCCCGACGGCCAGGGAGACGUUCAAGCCAAUGGCACACCCCUGACCAUGGACCCUCCCGCAGCAGGAGGCCCGGGCACAGUGUUCUACCCCCUGGUUCAGGAGCCGUGCAGCCAACCCCCCCACCAUGCCUACGAGCCUUAUGUCCCCAUGCUGUCUGCCACCUACCACUACCUCACGCCGUGGAACUCAGGCCCCGCCCAACCCCGCGUGCACGCCUCCUACUGCCCCUCCACCAAUCACCCAGUCAGUUACAUCACGGCAGGCACACACCCAGGGCACUUCAUCCCUCCCCCCAGCAUGUAACCUGUCACUGCCGACACACCCACACCCUGGACACUUGACCACCCCCGCUCCCCAAAAUGUAGGCGGGGAACCCUUCAUCCCUCCCCACUCAUGUCCCCCUGUUCCUAAUAACGUUAAUUUAAUUUGUGUGUAAAGUGUUCCACAGCUCCUCUGUUCAAGUUUGACAGUUUGAAGUUUGCCAGUCUGUGGCUGUUAAGAAAUGGGUCCCUGUGACUACAGUGAACCACUUUUCACCAGACACAACAAGCCCCUGGUCACUUGUAGUGUCCAAUGUAAAUGCUGUCCUUAGGGGAUGCACCUCUCAAAGACGGGAGGAAACCCUGACCGAGGUUACUGGGCGUCAUUUCUGAAGCAGCCUCUGUUCUUUCCUCCGUGUUUAGGGGAUGUUUAUGUUAAUGUAUUAUUUAUGUUUUAUGUUCAUGUGUAAUAAAAAAAAAAGUAUUUUUCCCA